ACGUUUCACUCGUUGUAAAAUACAUUGCGUCUGCCAUAUACCCACGUUGGAUUUUUGUUAGACACCUCAGUCUUAUUGUUGUUUCCAGCCUUAGCGCAUAUACAAACCAACGACCGAAUCGUUUGCAGCCAAUUCAUUAUUAUUAAUCGAAAUUCGUGCAGAGAAUUUAUUGUAAACAGUAUAUAGUGAGUUGCGCGUGUGCAUCGCUGUUCUCGUCUUACCGUUGAAAUUCUGUGCUCGUGCGGUGUUUGAUAGAAUUCGUUGCAUUUAUUUUUGGUUUCUCUUGUUUUUUUUUUACAUUGGAUAAAAGAAACACAAGCGGGAAAAAAUCCAAUCAUUCUCUCUGGAAGUUCAACCGAUUUCAUUUACCUUCGAGAAGCUAUUUGAUCAAAAUAUAUAUUGACAGACAGCCGAAAUAAAGUGAAGUAAAUCAACAAAAAAAGAAAACAAUAAGCGACACGAACGAGAGAGAAAGAGAGAGAGAGAGGCAGAGAGACAGUGAGAGAGAAGGAGGAAAAAAGAAGAAAACGAAAUGGCUGAACACACAGCAAAAUUCGAGACGCUCGACAGCGUUGAAGAGGAUCGUGUGCGAAAAAUGUAUGCAAAUCGCAGCAUUCUCAUAACAGGUGGAACUGGAUUCUUGGGAAAAGUUUUAAUUGAAAAAUUUUUGAGAACUUGUCCAGAAAUAGAAAAACUUUAUUUGCUCGUUCGCCCGAAGAGAGGUAGAGAACCAUGUGACCGACUGGGAGACAUCUUUAGCAAUGUGCUCUUUGACGGAUUGAAGGAAACACGAGGACUGGACACGAUCAUUAAUCAAUGUCAUGUGAUUUCCGGUGAUUGUUCUUUACCUGAUUUGGGCAUUUCAGACGACGACCGAAAAUUGUUAGCCGAAAAUGUGUCAAUUGUUUAUCAUUGCGCUGCAACGGUGCGAUUCGAUGAAACGUUGAAGCGUGCUGUUUUGCUCAACACCCGAGGCACCAAACUGAUGCUCGAACUGAGCAAAACAUUCAAGAAAUUGGCCCUAUUUUGCUAUGUGUCGACGUCAUACUGUCACCUGAAUGAAAGAUUGCUUAUGGAAAAACCGUAUCCAGCACCAGCUGAUCCGCAUCGUAUCAUUAAAUCGAUUGAAUGGCUUGACGAGGAAGUUGUGCAUGCAAUGACCAGGCAGAUUCUGGGCAAUUUCCCAAAUACGUAUGCGUUUACAAAGUGUCUGUCGGAAGCGUUGGUUGUCGAACAAAUGGAUGAAAUGCCAGCCGUUAUAAUGCGACCAUCGAUUGUGAUUCCAAUUCGAUAUGAACCGAUACCCGGCUGGACAGACAAUAUUAACGGACCAACGGGUUUGUUAAUUGGCGCUGGCAAAGGUGUACUUCGUUCGAUGUACUGUAAUUCAAGUAGCUACGGUGAUUACUUGCCUGUCGAUUAUGCCGUUAAUGGAAUAAUGGUUUCGUCUUGGAACUUUGUCUACAACAAAGAUUUUAGCCGUCGUGUUUAUCAUUUAGUGAGCUCGGCUGAAAUCAAAGUUUCUUGGAAGGAAUUGAUUGAUUGUGGUCGUUGGAUAAUAUGUAACAAAUUACCCUUAAACGGAGUCGUUUGGUAUCCAGGCGGAUCGAUGAAGAGCAGUCGCUUACAUCAUAACAUCUGCUGUAUACUAUUCCAUUGGAUUCCCGCUAUUCUGAUCGAUUGCUUAUUGUUCUGUCUUCGAUAUCCGCCUGUACUAUGCCGUGUUCAGCGACGGAUCCAAAAAGGUUUCGAUGUAUUCGAAUAUUAUGCCAACAACCAAUGGGACUUUGACAACAGUAAUGUACUUUAUCUGCGUACGAUAAUAAAUAAAACCGAAGAACAGCGAUACGCCAUAGAGGAUAAACAAAUCGAUAUGUACGAAUACUUUGAGCACUGUAUUCAUGCGGCCCGACUAUAUAUUCUAAAGGAAACGGAUGACACCAUUCCAGCGGCAAGACGUCACAUGAAAGUAAUGUACGCUGUCGAUAGAAUUGUCCGGUUCUUGUUCCUUGGCCUAUUCAUUUACUAUGUGGGUGGAGCAAUAUUCGGUUCGUUUUUCUCGACAAGCUCAGUGAUGAUAGCAGAUUCCAUCGUUGACACAUUGGACGCAAAUGUGUCAGCAUAAAAUUGUGUUAGCUCAUAAGAUUUAAAAAAUUGUUUUUCAUAUCAUUAAUACUACGACACUGCGAUGUCUCUAUAAAUAUAAUCAAAUACUUCAACAAGAAUAAUUCUUCUACGGGAACCAGAGAAAACCAUUAUUUAGUGCAAUCGAGACCUUAUUUUAUGAUUUUCUUUUUGUAAUUUUAAAUCGGUUUUAAAUCGUUGGACUCUUUUAAAAUCGAAUAAAAAUCAAGUGUAUGCGGAUAUUGUAACCAAAA